AUGGAGGCGAAGGACGGGCGAGGUGAUAACCUCAUGCGAAUCGACAAGAUGAACUACAGAUGGGUCUUCGAAAGGGCGUGGAGAUCGGCGCUGGUGGGUCCUGGCGUUGUAGGUGCACAUGAGACAGUCAUGCCGAAUAUGUCCUCUGGUCCGAAAUCCAUCGCUCCUGUGCAACCUGACACUGGUUUUGAUAACUUCGGACGAAGAUGUAGUCCAGUUGCAGCUGGGAAUCCGGAGCCGGAAAUGGACUGGAUCAGCCAGACGGUGGUACUUCCGGUAUGGUCUACUUUUAGCUGGAAAUCCGGAAAGCCGGAAACGUCGAACUCCUUCCCAGCUUCGGAGACUCCACUGGAGGAUAAACUUCCGUUGUUCCAGAGUCAGCCCCGCGCCAAGAUGACGUGA